GAGUUGGAGGAAGACCGAGCUGCUCUGACAGCUCAAUAAGUCAUACAUUUAGAGGCCAAUGUGCCGAAGUUUUCCGGGUGUGAGUUAGGGAAAGAGGACGAAACUAAUACAUUUUCAACGCCCAUAUCUCGUUAUGUGGGUCAGAUAACUGGAUUUUAUCGAGCUAUGUUUUGCUAAUCGAGAGCGGUCAUUGCUGCAUUACACAAAAACAAACGCGUAGCCUAUUUUUCGCCACAUUUAGGGACAGAAAGGUUUGUUUUUAUUACGUUUUGUUUAUUUUAGGAGCUCAUAUCGCAUGUUAAUGGUGAUUAAAUUAUUGAUACCACGAUGGCAGUGAAGGCUCAGGUAUUAUAUGACUUCACCGCUGAGACUGGCAACAAUGAGCUGACUGUUCAAGAAGGUGAAAUACUCACGAUCACUAACCAGAAUGUAGGCGGUGGCUGGGUAGAAGCUCGGAAUUCCAGAGGAAAUGUAGGCCUGGUGCCAGAGGACUAUAUUGAGAUCAACCAUGGUUCCACACAAGCAUCAGCGACACAGAACAUUGAUGCUUACAGCCAAGGUUACAACAACAGCUCAGCAAACACUCAGGGGGUUAAUGGAAAUGAGGCUUGGACUGCCACGACAUGGUCCAACAACAACCCUGCCGACAACUGGAACUGCACCGAACAGGAACCAGCAGGCAAUAAUGGUUCUGUCUAUUCGUUUGAUGAGGAAUGGGACGAUGAUUCUGAUGAUGGAAAGUCAACAGGCGGUUAUGGAGGUUCCCAGACGGAAGAGGGCGGGACGAUACAGCGAGGCGGGGGUCACUCUACAAUGAAAAUAGCACUCAACAAGUUUCCAGGGUUCUCCAAGACUCCAAAUCCAGAGCUGUAUCUGCUUACCAAGCACAUAGCUAAAGGAAAUGACACACUGCCAAUUUAUGCGGGUGAGGUGGGUCCAGUAUGGCUGUAUCCACAAAUUUCGUUAGAUUGUGUAGUGGCUGAUCCCAAAAAGGGUUCAAAAAUGUAUGGCCUGAAGAGCUACAUUGAAUACCAGGUCACACCUAAUACUACUAACAGACCAGUCAAUCACAGAUACAAACACUUUGACUGGUUAUAUGAAAGGCUUGUGGAGAAGUUUGCUUGUGCUCUACCCAUCCCAUGUUUGCCUGACAAACAAGUUACAGGCCGAUUUGAAGAGGAAUUUAUCAAAGUUCGCAUGGAACGCCUGCAGGGUUGGAUGUCCCGCAUGUGCCGACAUCCGGUGAUCUCAAACAGUGAAGUUUUCCAGCUCUUCCUUAACUACAAAGAUGAGAAGGAGUGGAAACUAGGGAAGCGGAAAGCAGAGAAAGAUGAAACGGUGGGAGUGAAAGUCUUUUCCACCAUUGAUCCAGAACUGCUAGAGCUAGAUCCUACUCAAGUGGAGCAGAAGUUUGAAACGUACAGCCAGUUUAGUAGAUCUAUGGACAACAGUGUUAAGGAACUACUGGCUGUUGGGAAUCUUCACUGGAAGAGAUGUACAGGCCCAUUGCAGAAGGAGUAUCGACAGAUUGGAAAAGCAUUUCAGAACCUGUCAUCAGUUUUCAACACCAGUGGAUACCCGCGGGAAUCAACUUUGACAGAGGCAUUAACUGCAACAGGGAAAACAUAUGAAGAAAUAGCAGAAAUGGUUGCAGCACAGCCAAAAAAAGAUCUACACUUCCUGUUGGAAACAAACAACGAAUAUAAGGGACUACUGGGCUGCUUUCCUGACACAAUAGGAGUUCACAAGGCUGCCAUUGAUAAAGUGAAAGAGGCUGAUCAUUUGGUGACAAUGAAUAAAAUCAGCCAACAAGAUAAACAAACAAUGGAAAAGAAUCUCAGCACCAUGUCGUAUGCAUUGCAAGCGGAGAUGAAUCACUUCCAUAGCAACCGUAUCUAUGACUACAACAGACUCAUGCAAUUCUACCUGGAGGAACAGGUGAAAUUCUAUGAAACGAUUGCUGAAAAGCUGAAGAAAGCGCUCGGUCAGUAUACCACCAUGUGAGGACGCACUCUAUAAACAGAAAUACUCAUCAAACUGUGGAACAUCAAGAAAAGAUGCUGCUUUUGCUUUUUUUCAUGCUAGUUCACAAUGAACCAUGUUUUUACGGAGCCCCUAAAGGGAGGAAGAAUUAUGUGAUUGCUUUUGCGUUCCCCGAGAAACUUUGCGAAACUCGGUCUAAAUGUUUUGCGAGUCAACGCAAAAUUUCUCGGGGGAAUGUAAAUCUUUUGCAAGCAAAUGCAAUGUUUCUUGCAUAUAUUUACCAUCAUGAUGUCUCUUUAUGGGCUCAGAAUGUUUCUACCUAACAACAUUAAUUGUGUAUUACUGCUUUGUGACAUAGAAAAAAACUAGGUUAUAAGGGAACAAACAAUGCACAUUAAAUAAUGUUAUUCAUUAACCAAAUAUUUUGUCCACAAGAACAAGAGUAAUUCAAAUCUUAACUGUAAGCUAAUGUAACACUCCCUAACAUUAAGAUUUUUUAUUUUCUCUGUGUACAAUGAGGUCUCUCAGGGAUGAAUACACUCAGACUGGGCCUUAAACCAAAAUGGGGUUUGUUAACGUCUUAAUUAAAUUCUCUGGCAUUAUAUUGUUUUCUUGUAGUAUGUGAAAUUACAUAUGUCAGAGAUUUAAAAGUGGCAUGUAUUGGAUAAUAGCAAUAAGGACAUUGUCUUUUACCUGUGGUAAAAUGUUCUAUGGAAAACAAAACAAAACUAAAAUGUCUCUAUAUCACACUCGGUGUAUAUGUGUUUUUAACUAGCCCUAUAGUGUGUAAUAAAUCUUUCUUUAUACCUUUCCAAGUCUGCGGGGAGAGUUGUAAUGAUCGGCAUUGAUCUGCAUUUUUGGCCUAGUAUCAAAAUAGAUUUUUUUAGUUCAACAUUCAACAAUAUCAUUUUGGAGAAGAUAGUAGAUCCAGUAUUUAUGCUAGCUCGAAGUCAGUUUUUUCCUCUUCUAAAGAGGAAACUAAAUCAUUGACCUUAGAAAGGAAAAGGAGGAAAUGAGCAUGAUGACCUCAGCAUGUGUUUGAAUUUCUAGAAUAAGUGACCUCGCGCAAGGAAACACUGGCCGCAUCUAAAAUUGCAUACUUCCCGAUUAAAUAGCGGGUGAAAAUAUUAGUACAGUAUGUCCAAAUUCACUGCAUUCAUUACGGAGUAGUCAAACACUACCCGGAUGACCAACUACUUCCAGCGAGAUGCUGAAGUAUGCAUACAAUGGACACUUUACUAUCGCAUGAGGCCACGGAGAGGAGCUGUGAAUGGCAGUGAAGUGACGUAACUGACACUGGUAGGUCAAAUGAUAAUGACAACAUGGUGAAUGUAGUACUGUACAUCCAGAUUACAUUCAUACUAUAUAGAACAUAAUUUUUUCAGUCGCAAAGUAAUUACAGUACAUACCUACUCGAGAGUAUACGAUUUUCGGACAAAGCCACUAUUUCUCUUCCAAAUCUGUUUCCUUACUUUAAAUUAAACAAGGGAUGGCAUAAAUUUUGACAUUAUUUUCAUUUUUGACCAUAAGGUGUCUCUUAGUUUUGUCUCUCUUCUGAGACUUUAGGAAACAAAAUACUAUGCAAACAUUUGUCAAAGUAUGCGAUGCCCCUCAAACCCUCUUGCCAUGUUCAUAGGCUGAUCUGUUCCACCCUUCCUGUUAGUGUGUGAUAGGCAGAAAGAGUCUUUAUGGAUGGUGCAGAUAUGUUUAUCUCAUGG